AUGAUCCCGCUUGUCUUGACGUGUGCGUUGACGCUGUCGCAGGGGACUAUCACGCUCAAAAUCGGAUUUGUACGUGCUCCUUCCUCUUCCUCUGCCUCUUCGGUUGACGACGCGGGUACAGGUGUGGGCACGGGAGGAGGAGAAAGGGAGGCAAACCAGAUGUCGUUUGAGGAAAUCUACGAUGUGUUGGUGAGGAGGAGUCAGGUGUUGUUGGUUAGUGCGCCGUCUAUGAAGGCAUAG